AUGCAUUAUCACGAGAAAGGAAGCAAUAAUACAAACGUUCAAAGAAGUUUUAUAUCAUUCCGACCAGAAGAAAGAAGAUACUUACCACUUACCACAACCACAAAUAGACCAGAGAAGAAACAUGCACCAAAGACAGUAAACCAGGAAAGACCGGAUUCGCAACAGCAGCAGCAAUACCAGCACCAUCGAAAAACCAGAGAACAAACGACACCAGAGACCAGACAAAGACCAGACAAGAUCAGACAAAGAUCAGACAAAGAUCAGACAAAGAUCAGACAAAGACCGAACAAAGGCCAGACAAAGACCAGACAAAGAUCAGACAAAGAUCAGACGAAGACAAAACAAAGAUCAGACAAAGAUCAGACAAAGACCAGACAAAGACCAAACAAAGAUCAGACAAAGACCAAACAAAGAUCAGACAAAGACCAGACAAAGAUCAGACAAUGA